AUGCCUGAGAUAAUCAACAUAAAAGAAGGGAAGGUUCAUUUUGGUGCAGGGUUUCAGAGUCACAAGCUCUCCAUAGAACUAAAAAACCAAACAGUCUUGGAAUUCCAUCUCAUGGGACUCUCAGAGAAUCCAGACCUGCAGCCCAUCCUCUUUGGACUCUUUCUGUCCAUGUAUCUGAUCACUGUCCUUGGGAACCUGCUCAUCAUCCUGGCCAUCAUCUCAGACUCUCACCUGCACACACCCAUGUACUUCUUCCUCUGCAACCUAUUCCUCGUUGACAUCUUUUUCUCCUCCACCACUGUCCCCAAGAUGCUGGUGAACAUCCAGACCUAGAGCACAGCCAUCCCUUUCACGGGCUGCCUUGCCCAAAUGUAUGCUUUCCACCUCUUUGGAACUAUGGAUAGCUUCCUCCUGGCAGUGACCAUUGACCGGCUCGUGGCUAUUGCCUACCCACUGCGCUACUCAGUGAUCAUGAGCCCACAUACCUGUGCACUACUGGUGGGUAGUCCAUAGGUGGUCACUAAUCUCCAGUCCCUGGUACACACUUGCCUCAUGGCCCAACUGACAUUCUGUGCAGGGUCAGAAAUCCCUCACUUCUUCUGUGACCUCAUGCCCCUCUUGAAACUCUCCUGCUCAGACACACACACCAAUGAGCUGGUCGCCUCCACUUUCAGCAUCAUCAUGGGCCUCAGCCCACUGUCCUGCAUCCUAGUCUCCUACAUCUGCAUUUUCAGGGCAGUCUUCCAGAUCCCUUCUGCUCAGGGCAAGUGGAAAGCCUUCUCUACUUGUGGCUCACACCUCACUGUGGUAUCACUGUUCUAUGAGACCAUCUUUUCUGUGUACUUACAGCCAGCAUCCCCCACCUCCUCCCAAAAAGACAAGAUGGCUGCAUUAAUGUGUGGGGUGAUCAUCCCUACAUUGAACCCCUUUAUCUACAGCCUAAGGAACAAGGACAUGAAGGCAGCCCUGAGGAAGCUUGGCAGCAAAGCUGUCUCAUCCCAGCCAUAG